AUGCAGUUCUUCCUCACCCAUCUUUGUGCUCUGCUCGCGCUGAGUGGAGGCAGCCUCGCAUUGAACAAGAGGGCAAUAGCCGCUUUUCAACGUCCCAAGGAAAUCCGGGCAGAGGUGCUAGGAGAGCGAGCGGUUGCCCGAGGCCUUCCUCAGUAUCAGUAUCGACCGGUGCAACCAGCGAAGCGUGAUCCUUCUGCCAACCAGCCACAGCUCGCGAAGCGUGCUUCGCCCUAUCUGAAUGACAACACCGAGAAAUUCGUGGUGAAUGGGUCGGCCAUCCCAGACGUCGACUUUGACAUUGGAGAAUCAUAUGCUGGAUUGCUUCCGAUCUCUGACGACCCCAACGAGACCAGGAAGCUCUACUUUUGGUUCUUCCCCUCCUCGAAUCCGGCAGCUUCAGACGAAGUGACCAUCUGGCUCAAUGGUGGCCCCGGAUGUAGUUCUUUGAGUGGCCUGCUCACCGAGAAUGGACCAUUCCUGUGGCAGGCUGGAACACUUGCGCCCACCCCCAACACCUACAGUUGGUCUAAUUUGACCAACAUGGUAUAUGUGGAGCAGCCCGUCGGAGUCGGCUUCUCUCAGGGAGUUCCCAACAUCACCAAUGAAGUCGAGUUGGGCCUGGAAUUCAUUGGCUUCUACAAACAAUUUGCGGAGGCGUUUGGUCUGCAGAACCGAAAGGUUUACCUGACCGGAGAGUCGUAUGCAGGAUUCUACGUCCCGUACAUUGCCGACGCCUUCAUCACCGCCGACGACCCCGUCUAUUACAACCUGGCAGGGGUGGGAAUCAAUGAUCCUAUCAUCGGCGACUCCACGAUUCAGCAACAGGUAGUGAUCUCCCCGUACGCCGACUACUGGAGUAACUUGAUGUUUUUGAACUCCUCAUUUGUCUCCCUCAUGCACGAACUUCAGGACUACUGCAACUAUAGUUCUUACUUGGAUCAGUACUUCACAUUCCCACCUCCCUUAGAACCAUUCCCCGUUCUCCCCGACCCUUACGCCAGCGAAGAGUAUACUUGCGACAUACUCGACAAUGUGUACGCUGCUGCAUUGGAAGUCAACCCUUGCUUCAACAUCUACCAUAUCACGGACACAUGCGCUUUCGUGUACGGCCAUCUGGGUAUCGUCAAUCCCGGGGAUUAUUCGCCUCCUGGCGCGAGUGUGUACUUCAAUCGCACCGACGUCCAGGCAGCCAUCAACGCACCAGUGGGCACCAACUGGAUGCAGUGCACCGACAUCAAUGUCUUUGGCGACGGGGACAACAACAACGAAUCGAUUGGGGACACUUCGCUGGGCCCAGCCCAAGAUGGAGUGUUGCAGAGAGUGAUCGAGCACACCAACAAUACGAUCAUUGGAGUGGGCAAUCUCGAUUUCCUGCUUCCAACAAAUGGAACGCUGUUUGCGUUGCAGAAUGUGACGUGGAACAAUCUGAAGGGAUUCCAAGCUUACCCACAAUCCGAGCCGUUCUACGUGCCCUACCACCCCGAAACGAACCAGGGCCGGGAAUCCGAGGCAGGUAUUGUUGGGUACUGGGGUUCAGAGCGUGGAUUGACCUUCUACACUGUUCAACUCUCUGGACAUGAACUGCCUGGUUACGCCGCCGGUAGUGGUUACCGUAUGCUUGAGAGGCUGUUGGGACGAAUUCCUAGUUUAUCUACGCAAGGCGACUUUACCACCCAGACUGGCAAUUUCACCGGAUAG